UAUUCUCAGUCUUACUCAGAUAUUCGAACCGAACGAAACGAAACCUGGCGCGCAAAUUAACCUAAAAGUUUACAAAUGAUGAACAGCGCACGUAAUGGUGAGCGCGUGUCCUGUCUCCAGGACGAGGAUGGACUUUCUCUACAGGACGAGGACGGAUUCUUUACUUGCGCUGUUUCCGUGCAGCACAAGAAGCACGACGCUGAGUCCGGAAGUAACUACUCCGGAGAUGAAUCCGGCCGAAGAGUUGUCUGGCCUGCAAACCAGACUCGAGUUCUCAACCAGACCUUGGAGUCAAACAAAACCUACCAGAGCACAUUGAAGAGGGGAACCGAGGCCACGGAGUCAAACCCAAGGUUAAACACUAGAUCUGGAGAUGAAGAGGUAAAACAGGGAUUUAACCGGAUGAGUAGGUCUAACAGUAGAUCAAAAACCUUCAUGGAUCGAGCCAGAUCUUUCGAAAGAGGAGGUUUUGAGUCCCGUGGAAACUCUCGUCCCGUGAGCAGGAACGGAUCCUUUAGAAAUAGGUCUCCAUCAGGAAACAGGAGUCAUGUGGAUGAGAUGUGGACCAACCAGAUUGAGAGACCAGGUUCUAGGACAGAUGUUGACUCCAGGAGGUUUGCAGAGAUAGGACGUGUUAAUACUCUGGACUGGGAGGAGAGAAUACACGGAUCUAUUGAGAAUAUCCCGUCCAAGACUCCUCCUCCAAGAAGAAGAGAAAUGAACUUCAACAAGUCACAGGUUGAAGAGGAGAGGAUGAUGUCUACAAAAACUCCUGAACCUCCUCCACCUCCGGUCAGAGCCAAUCUCUCCACCAAAGACGAGAAUUUCCCUCCUCCUCCGUCUAGCAGUGACACCAGGAGCAAACUAUCCGAAGAGUCAGUGAACCAGCUCUCAGAGGAGAACAAGGAGAAGAUUGUGAAGCAGUGGGUGGAAUCCACCUCCCAGUCCACGGAGGGUAUUCACAGGGAGUUGGAGAGGUUUGCCUACGACAUUGCAGAGUCCGUGGUAAAAAACAUGGAGAAGAAUUCUGACAUUAAGGAAGAGUGGAACCUGGAGACUCAAACCUCUCAACUUCACCAGAACCAACUGGUCCAGCAGUUUUGGGAGCGCCAGAAGUCUAUUCCUGGUCUUGAAACCUUCGUCGCAAACUCUAACACGGAUAAAACUAAUAUCAAGGUUGAAAGUAAGUCUGGUCAAAGUGGAGGAAUAUUUCAUGCAACUCCUGCUCAUACAUCCCAGCAGCUCCAUGGACCUGUAUACAUACAGGAUCAGACUAGACGAGGAACUACUGGUAUGACAUUUCAGCAAGAGGAGAGACGAAGACAAGAGCUGAGAAGACAAGAAGAAGCAAAACAAGAAGAAUUUAGGAGGCAACAAGAAAUACAGGAAAGUCAAAGAUUCGAAGAGCUGCGAAGAAAAGAAGAGUUUCGUCUUCUUGAAGAAAAAAGAAGACAGGAGGAGAUGAGAAGACAAGAAGAAGGAGAAAGGAAAAGACAGGAAGAGAUGAGAAGACAAGAGGAGGAAGAAAGGAAACGACAGGAAGAUUUGAGAAGGCGAGAAGAGGAACAAAGGAGAAGACAGGAAGAGGAGAGUAGGCGAAGACAGGAAGAAAAGCGAAGAAUUGAGGAAGAAAGGGCAAGACAAGACGCAGAAAGAAGAAGAAUCGAAGAACUGAGAAAAAAAGAAGCGGAAGAAAUUGAGUUCCGUCGACAGGAAGAGUUAAAAAGACAGGAAAUAAUAAGAUAUGAAGCUCUGAAGAUGGAGGAAGAGGCUAAAAGGCAGGAAGAGAUGAGACUGGAACAGGAAAUGAGGAGAAAGUACGAGAUGCAACAGCAAGCUAUUUAUGAGAAACAGCAACAAAUGGAACAGCAAAGAAUUGAACAGGAGCAAUUGCUUCAACAUCAGCAGAAUCAAGAGUCUAUCAAGGUUCGAGCUCAUAUUCCCAAACUCUCGAAAAACAAAUCAAUUGAUUGUUCUCAGGAUAGGAUCAAUGAAGCACUGAGAGGAGGAGAACAUCUCGGAAAAGUGAAAACAGGACAAGUCAAUGAGAAGAGAAACUUCUGGAUACGUUCUACCUCAGCGGAUAGGAUGGGAAGUCAGACUUUAAGUCCUGCUCCUCGACGCCGAAGGAUGGAUGGUUGGAACACGAAGCAGAAAGAAAACGAGGAUCCUGAAUCAAGACCAGGUUCCUCUUUAGGAGCUCCGGGUACAGGUUCAGUUAAAAAUAUAACUUCAGGUUUUCUUUCUAAGAGUAAGUCCAGCGCUGCAGUGAUGCAGGAAGAGGAACGAGGGCGACCUAGACAUAGAGCUAUUCCUGCAAACUCUUGGACUAAGGAGAAAUAUGACGAACAGACAAAUCAAACCUUUCUCAAGAGUCAGGAGGUAAAAACAAACAAGGUCAAUGAAACUAUUACAAGCUGGGGAAAGCAAGAUCAAACAAUCUCGGAGAGAACUACUCCCGUUCCAUCCCGGCAUAUUGGACAAGUAUUUGCAGAGAACAAAGUUGCUAAAAUGGAAAAUGAAAAAUCCGCAAACUCCUGGAGAACUAAGACUCCUGAGCCUAGUGUAAAACUAGUAAAUGUAUGUGUUGAGAAGGGUCUAGGAUCCACCCAGAAUAUUCAUAUAUCCAGCAACGCUCACUCUCAAAUGAGCAACCUCAUGCAAGAGAGUAAAGUCCAAUCCUUCUCUCAGAAACAGGAGAUGGUGACCUCAAGCUCAAUGGCCACCUCCAGUAUGUCUAGUUCUUAUAGUGCAGGUUCAGGUUCUCAACCUCCUCCUACUCCGGAGAGAAAUCAGAGUUUCGGAGGUAAGUGUCCUGAUACUAAACCUGAAUUGGAACCAAAGAGAGAUCCUAAACCUUGUCAUGAAACCAAGCGUUCUCACUUAGUUCCCAGAGAUGGAAAUGAAACUAAACCCAAAUCUAACCAAGAUUCCAGUGUGAAGAGUUAUUCUAACAAGUUUUCCACCCUUGAGAGUUCUGUUUCUAGACAAGACAUGGUUCAGAAUUACCUUCAGAGUUCCAACUCCACCCAGAGUAUUAAUUCUGUUCUAUCUAAUUGCAGUAGCGGAGCGAUACCUCUACCAGUAAAGAACUCUUGGUUUGAUGAUCUUGAGAACAUAUCAGUUUCCUCAUCCUUCUCCAAUAUGCAGAGUUUACAGUCUCCUGUCCAGGAUACUCCGGUUCCUGUUACUGCUCACUGGUUUAAUAAUUCAGAUUUAGAAAACAAAAAACAGACAAAUCCUGUUCGUGCAUCUAACAAUGCUGUGUUUCAAGUUCAGGAUCCUGUGCCUCAAGCUCACAAUCCAGCUCAUGAAGCUCACAACUCAGCUCCUCAAGCACAUAACAUAGCUUUUCACACUCACAAUUCAGCUCCUCAACCUCACAAUUUAGCUUCCCAAGCUCAAAGUCCAGCUCCUAAAGCUCACAAUUCAGCUUCUCAUGUUCACAAUCCAGCUUCUCAAGCUCACAAUUCAGCUUCCCAAGCUCAUAGUCCAGCUCCUAAAGCUCACAAUUCAGCUUCCCAAGCUCAUAGUCCAGCUCCUCAAGCUCACAAUUCAGCUUCUCAAGUUCACAAUCCAGCUUCUCAAACUCAUAAUCCAGCUCCUCAAACUCACAAUCCAGCUUCUCAAGCUCACAAUCCAGCUUCUCAAACUCAUAAUGCAGCUCCUCAAACUCACAAUCCAGAUUCUCAAGCUCACAAACCAGUUCCUCAAACUCACAAUCCAGCUUCUCAAGCUCACAAACCAUUUCCUCAAACUCAUAAUCCAGCUCCCCAAGGUCAAGCUAAAGUUUUUACCAAAUCUGUUUGCAGUUCUGAAGAUCUUAAAAUCUCGUCCAUUGAAGAUUUCGACAACAAAUCUGUUCGAAGUGAUACCACAGUUAUAGAGAACAGAGUUUCAGAGAGAACAAUAAUAAAACCAGAGAAUCCGACUACCCCAGAGCAGAGCAAUGAUUUAACCAGUGUGAUCUCCGUUCCCCAAUCCCCCUCUGAAAUUAGGAAAAAAUUUCAAAAAAAUACUUCAUUCGAAAAAUCCUUUCAAAAAAGUGCUGAAUUUGAGUUGUCUAAGGAAUUUCGAGAAGGUGUGAGAGGAAAAGUUAAGGAAUCAAGAGAAUCCUUCUUGAAACGUUCAAAUUCGGAUAAAUUUGAACAGACCAAAGAAAUGAGAGAAUUAGAACUCCAGGCAGUUAAACUGCACCGGUCGGAUUCUAGAAAUUUCGAGCAUUCUAGUCUAGAUAAAUCUGAGAUCCUGAGGCAAGAAAAAUUACAGGAACUUGAAGAUGUUAAACGAUCCCGAUCUCGAUCAAGAAUGAGAGAAGAGAAGAACGGUGAAAACUCGUAUAGUCAGACUAAGCUGGAGAGAGAAGCAGAGCUUUUAUCCCUGUAUAAUCGACGGAUUGAGGCUGUAGAGGAUGAAUGUCUCUUUUCUCCGACAGAGCUCAAGGAAAUCCAACUCAGAGAAGAGAGGGAGAGAGAACUCACGGAGCUGUUAAACAGACAGACAUUACAAGAACCAGAAUAUACAUCGGCUCAAAAAGAGAAACAGAUGAAACUAGAUCGGAACCUGGAACUAAUUGCCCUUACGGACAGGUGCUCAGAGCUAGAUUCUCAACUGAUAUCACGCGAAGAAAUCCUAAGACAAGAACGAGCUGAAGAACUCAGGCAAAUAUCCUUGUUACGCAAUAUUAAUUCUAAUGAGGAGGAUACUAGGGAACGAGGACUAGCUACAAAAACUCCUGAGCUGGAGGUUUCUGAGGAUACGAGGAGCAGGGUUAAAGAAACUGCAGCUGUGUGGCAACAUAGGGAUAAACGGGAGAAAUCUGGAAGUGAAGACAGGUUUACUCCGACUCCUAGUCGUAGGAUUGGGAGCAUGUUCCGACGUGAACCUGAAUACUGGGGAGAGGAUGAGGAUCUUCCUGCUCCUCCUCCAGAAGAUGUAUCCAACCCUCCUCCUCCUCCCAGACAGAGCUCCAGGGGCAAGGUUGAGGAGUAUAGGACCUGGAGUGGAGGAUGGAAAGGAAGAGGAUCUAGUUCUCCGGCUCAUCCUAAACUUCAUUAAAACUAAACCAGUGAUAUACAAUCUAAUCUAUAUUAACAACUAUAUUGGAAUAAUUAAUGUCGGACUAAUAUCUUAAUAUAUAUAUAUUUAAUAAAAAUACUUACAAAUAAAUUUUAUCAAACUUG